GCGAUGGCUACAUCUCAGCAGAGCCAUAUCAAAGAGCUCGUUCAGCGGAACAACGACCUCGAGAAGACGAUUAAGAAGCUUCGCGAAGAUCUGGCCAUCGAAGUUGCGCGCGUCCGCGAUGCUGAAAUAUCAGGCAAUGAUAGACUUCAGAAGGAACGCAAGGAUUGGCGUGACGGUUGCGACACCCUACAGUCUUGCCAUCGCUUAGCACACCUCAGGACUGCCUCCCUCUUGGAGGCGGAACGCCUUUCUGUACUCAAGGAGCGAGAGGCUCUCCGACGCGAAAGUGUCGCCCUUCUUCAGAGAGACUUCAGACUUUCUCUGUUUCAGCAAAGGGAGACGGAGCUGGAGAAUCAGAUCAUGGAGCUGCAAGAAGAACUCGAA